ACAGGAGAAGUCAAGAGGACUCAAUCCGACCCAAAGGAGUUGUUGAUGGAUGGAGGAUUUGUGGUUCCCGAUGCCAAUUCAUUUGGUCAUACUUUCAGAGAUUACAAUGCAGAAUCUGAGAGGCAGAAGACAGUGGAAGAGUUCUAUCGAAUGAAUCAUAUUCACCAAACCUGUGAUUUUGUGAAGAGACUGAGAGAGGAGUAUGGAAAGUUGGAUAGGGUGGAGAUGAGCAUUUGGGAGUGCAUUGAAUUGCUCAAUGAGUUCGUCGACGAGAGCGAUCCCGAUCUUGAUGAACCCCAGAUCGAGCACUUGUUGCAGACUGCUGAAGCGAUUAGGAAGGACUACCCUGAAGAAGAUUGGCUUCACUUGACAGGCUUAAUUCAUGAUCUUGGGAAGGUGCUUCUCCAUCCUAGCUUUGGGCAACUUCCACAAUGGGCUGUUGUUGGUGACACAUUUCCUGUUGGAUGUGAUUUCGAUGAAUGCAAUGUUCACCACAAGGAAUUGUAUUUUGCGGAAAACCCUGAUCACCUCAAUCCUAAAUACAAUACCAAGCUCGGAGUUUAUUCGGAGGGGUGUGGACUUGACAAUGUACUGAUGUCAUGGGGGCAUGAUGAUUUUAUGUACUUGGUUGCUAAGGAGAACAAAACUUCAUUGCCCUUGGCCGGUUUGUUUAUAAUCCGUUACCAUUCAUUUUACCCUCUGCACAAGCAUGGUGCCUAUCAGUACCUCAUGAACGAGGAGGAUAAAGAGAAUCUCAAGUGGCUUCAUGUGUUCAACAAAUAUGACCUUUAUAGCAAGAGCAAGGUGAGAAUAGAUGUGGAGAAGGUGAAGCCAUACUACCUUUCACUCAUCGAAAAGUACUUCCCUGCUAAGCUGAAAUGGUGAGGUUUCUUGAUGGUGAUUCAUUUCCUGUGGUCUUCAUGGAGCAGCGAGCAUGACAACCUAUUCUUUUAAGCAUACGAUCGAUCAUAUGAGAAGUUGUCUUGUUGUGUUAUUGGAUUCAUGACACAGGUUUGCAGCUUGUUAUGUAAAACUUACUG